AUGGCAGAAUUGAUAAAUAAGAUUCCUGCUCAGAAGACAGGUCCUGAGUUCCUUGCAGCUUCUCAUUUUACAAUCAGCCACGAAGAUCGCUGGGCACCACAUAAAGACUCACAUGUGUACAAAAGCACAUUCAAGAAAGAUUACCCACCCCUCCCUCUGACAAAAAGAGAGCGCAUUCCUUCUCCUCCUCCAGCAGUAAUCAUGCACAAAGAUGGUCGCUACAAUGACAAGUGUUCCAUGACUCGGGGACACUUUGUUGAGAAGUCUCUUGGAGAGCGGAAUCAAGAAAACUCCACUUAUGCCUUGACGAAGACAAAUUUCAAGAUGGAUUCUGACAGCCAGCUGAAAUCAUUCCAGACAACACACAAGGAAUAUUAUCCUGUUCGACCUCUUAAGGAGGCCAGGAACCCUGCUGCUACAGGAAAAAGUGACUGGAUGCGAAGUUACAUUCCACAAGGUGUGUUGGUAGAAAUAGUAACGAGUAUUGAGUUUCAAAUAAGUGUAUUGGCAUGAGUUUCAUAAAUAUAAUAAUUACAUGGCUGAAUCAAGUGAAUUAAUCCUGCUUUCUGAUUGGCUACUGGAGAGGGCAGCCUGCUUGGGAUUACCUGCAUUAGUCCCACAAGAAAAGUUCUCUUUUUUGGCCUCAUAAUAAAUCCUUUCUUGACAUUUCAACCAAGCUGAUUUGGUCAAGAUGGCUGAAUAUUGGCCUCCUUUUCAUCUCAGUCAAUAAAAACACAAAAAGAACUUGGCCAAUAUCCAGCCAUCUUAACUUCACGCUUGGUCAAUAAUGCCUGAAACACUGUCAUCUCCCUCCUCAUGCCUACAACAAGUAUGCUAUACACUCUACACAUACUUUACAACUUCUCCCUUAAGUAUCCCUUCAAGAAUUUAUACCCUAGACAGUCAUUAAGAGGCGGGGGCCAGGGAUUUCCCCUUGCUACUACGAACAUGGCCACUACCUACUUUCAAAGGAAAAGAGAAGAAAAAUAGAGCCAAAAGAAACCCUUAGCUAUUUGAUUUCCUGCCUACUUUUUUUGUAUUUACCCAGCAACUAAAAAUCUUAGUGACAACCCUGCAUACCUAAAGCCAUAACCUUUUUGCAAUGCUAUCAACAAUUAACAUUUGGGGUUGCAGCUUAGAGUGGAUGAGGUUAAAGGGUAACAGAUUUUUACGUGGCGCCAUCCCCUGUUUGUUACUAGUCAUCAUCAUCAUCAUCAUCAUCACCAUCAUCAUUGGCCCACUGCUCUGAAGAUUGACACCACUAUUUUGUCUAGCCACUGAGUCGUAUUUGCCAUUGAUCUCCUAAAUUCGUCAAAAUAAAAAGGGGGUAUCUCUUGAGAUUGUCAAGAUAGCUGGGGGUUUGUUUUCUUUAUAUUUAUUUUUGGUCUUGGGUAAUCUCCAGAAAAAGUUCAUUAUCACCCAGUUUUAUUACCCUGAAGCAGUGGCCCUCAGAAAACUCUCCUUUGUGCCACAAAAGAAAAACCAUAGCUCUCAUAGCGAUUCUGUUGCAUUAUAUUGAUGUCUUUGAGACCACGAGAACUAUCAGAAACAGAGGUGUCCACAUUCUCUACACCAAAACGGGUUCAACUGUACAAACAAUGUAAAACUACACACUGCAAGUUAACAUAAUGAGCCCAACAAGGACUGUUAUCUGUUCCAAACUUUACAUUACUCAAAUAUUAUACUAUUAUUACAUUUAUUAUACUGCAAGUUCCCGUAAUUUAAUUCACCACUCCAUAAACUUCAGGAGGGAAUUAAUGGGUACAAGCUGUUGGUGCAAAGUUGUUACAGCUAGACAUGUAGUAAGUGGUUGAUAGCAUACAAAGGCAGCAAUUUUAUUAACCAGUCAAUGCUUAUAAUUUUAUUGUCUGCCCCAAACAAUCCCAGAAAUUUGUCAUGUCAUUUGAAUUUUUACCAAACACUUGGAAAAUUUUCAACAGAAAAGUCAUUUUCUCAAGCUUGUACCUAUUCUCUCAAUAGUUUCUGGGUGGCAACUGUUGUAUGCCACGAUAAUUAAUUACAUGCAUCUAAUCACAACAUUCCAUUAUUUGAACAUCACAGGAGAUAAGGAAAAGGAGCUUUGGCCGCACUCAGACUAUCGAAGCAAGUUCCUGGGAGAACAGCUAGGUAAAAGAGAUAUUUUACCUCCUGUUGACAAACACACUGGGCCACCUACUAUCACUGGUGAUUCAAGAACACAUCAUCUGGGACAGUUUACAACAACAACCAAGUCUGAGUUUGUCGGAAGAUAUCUGAAAAGACAACACCUUAUGGAUCCAUCAUUGAGGGUGUGUAUCACUGUUGUUUAAAAAAAUCCUUUCAACUGAGAAAACUUACCCCCUUUCAUCCAUGGCUGAGUGAAUUUUGUAGGCUGAAUGCUGCAGUUUACAUUAUACUCUACAUAUUUGGUGUGGAUAAAAUCUGUUACAUUGGCAAAUUUCAUAAUAUUUAUUAUCAAGAUUUGCACUUUUUUCCUUUGUUGAUCUCAGGCAAUUACUAUAAUAAUAAAUUAUUAUUAUCUAUGACAGGAGUUGCUUUUUUGUAGAAGUAAUGGUAAAAUAAAUUAAUGCUACAAGGCAUAUUUUUGUGCAUUAAAAUUAUCUAAAAUUUUGUUUUACAGGAUAGAGGUUCAAGCAUUCCCCAAGGAGAUCAGGAAAAAUGCAACUAUUCCACAUCAACACAACAGGAUUCAUUCCGCAAACCUGGCUUUAAAGAUUUUACAGCUUUUGACCGAGAAGAAGCUGUCAACAGACUACGGCGAACCACCUUUCAACUUGGUGACAGACGGGUUCCUGGAUACCUUCAGACCACUGCAGCUGAGUCUUAUCCAUCACGCUUAAUGACAGGUAUUAACAAACACAAAAAGGGUUUUGUUAGCUGUGUUGUUUCAGUAACCUGUCCAAUUUUGUAAUCCAAAGACUGGUUGUUUCAGCGCUUAUCCUCCUCCAAUCAGAGUGAAUUGCUUACCAUUUAUGAACUCUUUGUAGAUGAUAACAAUUCUCCACUUUUGUUUGAUUUAGAUAAGAAUAUAAGUGCCAACCUAGAUAUGGGAAAAAGCAGCUUUCCAGAGGGAGACAUGGAUCCUGGAAGAGCCCUUGAGAGAAUUAGCAGAACUACAAAUGACAUUUUCUUUGGAAAUGUAAGACAAUUAAAUAUGAAUCUAACUAUUUUUUGAGAAAUAUAGUCACAAAAUACCACAAUAAAAUUAUUAAGCAGAAAGAAGGCUAAAACAUAAGUUGUUUUCGUGCAAGGAACUGAAGAAUGACACAGAUCAAGAGAAACUGAACAAUACCACUACAUGACAGUUGCACUCUAGCAGUUUCUUAUACCUUUUUUGGAAUAUUAGGAAUAUGAUUUUAAAAAAAAACUAGUCAAAGAACAAGAGGUAAGAGGAUCAAGGAAAAACUGAGAAAAGAAAAAAAAAGUCCCCCUUUAUCCAAAUAUACUGAUAUGCUACAAUGUAAUUUACUGAAUCCCAAACAGCCUCCAAGAGGAUUUAGAACCAAAAUAGUUGAUGGCUCCCACCUGAGAACUGAAUCCCAUGUGGACCUAGGAGCGGCCAGAGGUGCAAGGUUUUACGAUACAUCAAUGAAGUCUGACUUCACAGCAGUAUCAGUUCCUUACAAUAAAGCUCCUGGUAUGACUACAGACAGCAGUAUUCCACUGGACUAUUACCGUAAGUACAAGAAUAUUGAAAAGGCAACAAAUUCUAUUAAAUUGCAAAUCAAGGGCAGAAUAAAAUUUGUCAUCAUUCAUUUCUUCAAAUAUAUUAUAAUACCGGUAUGUUUGUUCUCAAGCCAAAUCCAGCGCUGUUGAAUACGUGAGCUGGGAAUUGGAAAUUAACAGUUUUAACUGUGGAUUAAUUCCUCUUAUUUCAUUAGGUGGACAGCCUGUCAACAUGCCAACAAGCUGGAGUGAUUUUCCUUCACAUGCCGGUGUUCCAAAGCUUAUUCCACACCCCUUAGCAGUAGAAAAUGUAAGUAUAUGGUCCAGUUCUUGAAAUCCAAAUAGACAACAACUUGUAACGUACACUACAUUCACAUGGCAACGGACAAAUUUUUGACCAGCUGAAAAAUUUAACUGGGCUUUUCGUUCACACGGGACCUUUCACUAUUAAUUUUCUCUCUGUUCCCAUGGAACUUUGAAAGGCUGCGCAUCUAAAUUUUUCUACGGUUAAAGUUGUUCACAUGAAAAGAACACCUAAACACACUAAUUAUCAAGCAGUCGAAAAUUUGUCCAGUGUUGUGUGAACAUAUCCUUAAUUCUGUUUGUUUGUUUGUUUGUUUUAUUAAAUAAUAAUAAUUUACGCAUUUCUAACACAAUGUUGUUGUUGUCUUUUUUAGCUCAAAAAGUCACAUAUAAAACCGCCAAUCCCUGAUGAAAGAGAGUUUAGCACGACACACCAAAGAACGUACACACCAAAGAAAACCUCAAGAAGAAGUAUUGAUGCUGGAAGCUUGCAGCGUAGCUCAGUUCCUUUGGGAACUUUGACAACAUAUGUUUAA